AAAAAAACAUUAAAAAAAUAAUAAUAAAAAUAAAAAUCAGAAUUUCUGACAGAAUUCUCAUUCAACUGCUCAAAAAAAAAAUCUUUACAUAUUUCAAAGAAAUAUGUAAAUUUUCUGCCUUGUAACUGUUUGUUUUUGGUCCAAAUAUCAAGGGGUAACUCGCAUUUCUAGGGACGCUUCAGAUCCGAAAAUCUUUCUUUGUUUUUGUUUCAUUUCAUUUCUAUCAAAAAGUUUUGUAUCUUUGAAUAAGAAAAAAUCAGGGGCUGGUCAAUUUACCGUAGAUAAUUGCGGAACAGCCAUCCCAAACGUGGAAUUAACGCUUCACAUCGAUUCAAUUCUGUUUCUCAAAAAAUAGUUUUAUCAUUUUCUCUUUGGUUUUUUCUUUUGGUAGUCUUGAUUUUGUGGCAAUGUGGGUUGUUUUUUGUUAAAAAUAUUGGUUUUCGAGAUCUGGGCAGUGUUCAGAAUCAUUUUCUGUUGAUACCUUACCGGAGCUUCUGAAUUUAUUUUGUAGGUAUUUAUUUUAUAUCUGAUUUCAUUGUGCAGUUUCUGUUCAGCAAAGAAUUUUAGGGGCUUGAUAUUUGGAUCCUCAAGUUUUAUUGAUUUAAGAAUCUGGCUCCAAUGUUUUGUUAAUUCUGUAGUUUGUAUACAUUGGAUAUCAAGAGUUUGAUUUUGUAGGGGUUAAGAUUCGGAUGCUACAUUGGGCUAUAGAAUUUGAUUAUUACUAAUUUAAGGAUCUUUUGAUUUAUUGGAGUGUUUUUGGGGUGCAUAGAAUGCUGCUAAGAUCACAGCUAAAUGCUACGGGUAUUUGGGAAAAAUAAAUUAGGUUUUUAUUUUAGGAGUAUAAAGUUUCAGAUUAAUAAGCACAAGAGAUUGAAACUCUUAAUUGGUAUGGGCUGCAUUUGCUCUAAAGGAUCAAAAGAUGAGAAUCAAGUUAAGAAAGAGAGAGUAUCGAAGAAAUCUUCUAAAAGAUUUGUAUCUUCAUCAAGAAAGGAUGAACUUCUUGUGGAUGUUGAUAAUGGAGGAAAUGAUGCAACAACAAGGCUCAUAUCGGAGGAGCAUGCUGAGAAAAGUGCAGGCUCCACACCAGCUUUGUGGGACCAGGGGCAGAAAAAGCCCAUAGUUUCUGAUAAAACUGUGGUUCCCCAUAUGCAAAGACGGGCAACAAUGGAUGCUGGAGAGAGAGAAGGGAAGCCACAGAUGUGUAGGGUAUUUAGCACCCGAAAUGGAAUUGAUGGGGCACAAGUUGUUGCUGGAUGGCCAUCAUGGCUGACUGCCGUGGCUGGAGAGGCCAUCAAAGGAUGGGUACCUCGAAAGGCAGACUCAUUCGAGAAGCUGGAUAAGAUUGGUCAAGGGACAUACAGCAGUGUGUACAGAGCUCGUGACCUUGAAACUGGAAGAAUUGUUGCACUGAAAAAGGUGCGGUUUGUUAACAUGGAUCCAGAAAGUGUCCGUUUCAUGGCUAGGGAAAUCCUUAUUCUACGUAGGCUGGAUCACCCCAAUGUGAUGAAACUUGAAGGUCUGGUCACUUCCAGGGUUUCAGGCAAUUUGUACCUUGUAUUUGAUUACAUGGAGCACGACCUUUCUGGACUUGCAGCUUCUCCAGCGGUUAGGUUUACUGAGCCACAGAUCAAAUGUUACAUGCAGCAGCUGCUUUGUGGACUCGAACAUUGUCACAGUCGUGGAGUCCUGCACCGAGAUAUCAAGGGUUCGAAUCUUCUGAUUGACAACAAUGGAAAUCUCAAAAUUGGCGAUUUUGGGCUGGCAACCUUUUUCCGAACCAAUCAGAACCAGCCUCUAACUAGUCGUGUUGUUACCUUGUGGUACCGACCUCCUGAACUUUUACUUGGUGCUACAGAGUAUGGAGUAGGUGUAGAUCUGUGGAGUUCUGGUUGUAUUCUUGCUGAACUGUUUGCAGGCAAGCCAAUCAUGCCUGGAAGAACAGAGGUUGAACAGCUGCACAAAAUCUUUAAACUUUGUGGUUCUCCGCCUGAAGAAUACUGGAGGAAAUCAAAAUUACCGCAUGCGACGAUUUUCAAACCUCAACAACCUUACAAACGUUCUGUGGCUGAUACAUUCAAGGACUUCCCGCCUACUGCAUUAGAACUUUUGGAAACUCUCCUUGCUUUUGAGCCGGAGUGUCGGGGAUCAACAACUUCUGCUCUUCAAAGUCGGUUUUUCACUUCAAAACCUCUGCCUUGUGACCCGUCAUCUUUGCCCAAAUACCCUCCUAGCAAGGAGUUUGAUGCCAAGGUUCACAAUGAGGAGGCAAGAAGGCAAAGAGCUGCUGGUGGAAAAGGAGGUGGAGUUGAAUCCAACAGAAAGGGGUCUAAAGCAGUGCCAGCCCCUGAUGCUAAUGCUGAAUUACAAACUUCUAUACAGAAAUGGAAAGGGCAGUCAAAUCCCAAAAGCAACAGCGAGAAGUACACUCCAGAAGAAGACGGUGCUUCUGGCUUCCCAAUUGAGCCUUUCAGAGGACCCUUGCAUACUGGGCAUUUAAUGCAGAAGGGUGGAUCUGGAAAUUCCUUAAAUAUUGUGGAUGGAAUGCCUCAAAUUGAUUCUCAUAAACGCUUAGGGUCCGCAGCACGCCUGUCUAAGUUCUCUAAUUCGGUAGCUGCUCGUGGCUUAUCCCAACUUGAUUUAAGCAGAGAGGCUAAUUCCCACUCACAGUGGCAGGAAGACUAUUUGGGUACCAAAUAUAAUCAUUUAAAUGAUGCCGAGUCCUCCCAUCAUUUGCUGGGACCAAAUUCUUACAAGAAUGAUGGACGGGUUCCUCGUAAGGAGACCACAAUGGGUUAUACUCCAAAGAAGACUCGGAUACAUUAUUCCGGACCAUUGUUCCCCGGUGGAAAUAUGGAGGAAAUGCUCAAAGAGCACGAGAAACAGAUUCAAAAUGCGGUCAGAAAAGCUCUUAUUGACAAGAAUAAGACACGGAAAGGUUAUGGUGACAAUGGACAAACAGAAUCGCUCCUUGAAUGCGUGAACACUGGCAGGUACUUGUUUACAAGUGACGACAUUCGAUAUAUGAUGAUAGGAUUUCAGGUUUGCAGAAGCUUCAAUUGAUGAAGAAUAAUUGACAAAUUCUUAUUUGACAAAUUCAGAAGAAUUAUUCAACAAUCAACCCGAAAGAAAGUCUCUAAAUCUGGGGCGAGCUUUGGUUCUCGAGCGGGGUCGGAUUUUCUUCUUUUCUAUUUUUUCCAUGAGAUAUAAGGUUGCUGAAAUAUUCUUGUAGAGUUUUACUGUGUAAAUUGUAGUUCGAUGCGAAGGCCUAGAUAUCCUUGCUAAUCGAUAGGAACACGAAACUUUUGGACACCAUCUGCAGAGAUGCAAUUGGCAGAAAUGCUUCUACAUUUUACAAUUAUUUGUGCUAAAUCUUUUGAUGGAGUCUAGCAGUUUCUAUCAGGAAUUGUAUGAAGGUGUACAGGAUGAGGUUUUCUGUCUUUUCCAUAUAUGUAUAGCUUCAUUUUCCCUCUUCAUUGAUUUAAUGACUGGACCAAAACUAAAGGAUUUAAUGUCCACAAGGUUCCUUCGGGAGCUCACUAGUUAUCAUUGCACGCAUAUUUGAUACACAA